UCGCCGGAUGUUCUCCACCCUUCCCUUCCCUUCCAUUCCCUUCCCUUCCUCCUCUCGGCCGGGUUGGUGUGUCUUCCUUCCGGCUUGCCGAAGAAAGUUAAGGGAGGUUCAGCGGCUACUGGGCUUUAACAUAAUGGACAGCCAGGGAAGGAAAGUGGUGGUCUGUGACAAUGGCACCGGGUUUGUCAAGUGCGGCUUUGCAGGAUCCAACUUCCCGGAGCACAUCUUCCCUGCGCUUGUUGGGAGGCCCAUCAUCCGCUCCACAGCCAAAGUUGGGAACAUUGAGAUCAAGGACCUGAUGGUGGGGGACGAGGCCAGCGAGCUGCGCUCCAUGCUGGAGGUCAACUACCCCAUGGACAACGGCAUCGUCAGGAACUGGGACGACAUGAAGCACCUGUGGGACUACACCUUCGGCCCGGAGAAGCUCAACGUCGAGUCCCGAAACUGCAAGAUCCUGCUGACCGAACCCCCCAUGAACCCCACCAAGAACCGGGAAAAAAUCAUUGAGGUGAUGUUUGAGACCUACCAGUUCUCAGGAGUCUACAUUGCUAUUCAGGCUGUGCUGACACUCUAUGCCCAAGGCCUUCUGACCGGUGUGGUGGUGGACUCGGGAGACGGUGUGACUCACAUCUGUCCCGUGUACGAGGGCUUCAGCCUCCCCCAUCUGACGAGACGUCUGGACAUCGCAGGCCGGGACAUCACCCGCUACCUCAUCAAGUUGUUGCUGCUGAGGGGCUAUGCCUUCAACCACUCUGCAGACUUUGAGACGGUGAGGAUGAUGAAGGAGAAGCUGUGCUACGUCGGCUACAACAUCGAGCAGGAGCAGAAGCUGGCGCUGGAGACCACCGUGCUGGUGGAGUCAUACACGCUGCCAGAUGGUCGUCUGAUCAAGGUGGGAGGAGAGCGCUUUGAGGCCCCCGAGGCUCUGUUCCAGCCGCACCUCAUCAACGUGGAGGGGGUGGGGGUGGCCGAGCUGCUCUUCAACACCAUCCAUGCCGCGGACAUCGACACCAGGUCUGAGUUCUACAAGCACAUCGUGCUGUCGGGGGGGUCCACCAUGUACCCCGGCCUGCCUAGCCGGCUGGAGAGGGAGCUGAAGCAGCUGUACCUGGAGCGCGUGCUGAAGGGAGACGUGGACAAGCUCUCGAAAUUCAAGAUCCGCAUCGAGGACCCUCCCAGGCGAAAGCACAUGGUGUUCCUGGGCGGAGCCGUGCUGGCCGACAUCAUGAAGGACAAGGACAACUUCUGGCUGACCCGCGAGGAGUACGAGGAGAAAGGAGUCCGCGUGCUGGAGAAACUCGGAGUCACCGUCAGAUAAAGCCCUGAACACAUACAAACACACACACACAUUCCCCUCGCCCACAUCGCAGAGUAUAUAUCUAUUUAUCCCUCUUCUCCUCUCUAUCGGCUCCCCUCAAACAUCAGAGGUAACGAGUCGUCUCCUCCUCCUCUCCUGGUUUGGGAUUGGCUCACACUUUUCCUCGCAAGCCUCGCAAACCAGAUCCAUCUUUUACAGAUGUACACUGACACCCCACCUUUUACCUGAACUAGAAAACGGUUAAUAUUUAGCUGGUGCACAACCUGCUUGUUUACCUCCAAAGGGGGUAAAGUGUUAAAGAAAGAUUAGUCUCCUUCCCUUGAUUAAACCUCAGAGGGUUAAUGAUGCAAAGUCUCUGUAAAGCGUCUGUAAUAUCACAAUCAGGGUCCACCACAAACAGCCACGGCCGCUUUCAGCAUCUGUUCCAGGCGAGCGAUCACAUUUUUAUGUCUGUUUUUUAUAAAAAAGAUAUCACGACUUUUUCGUUCCUCUUCUGGGAGAGGGAUCACCAUUUUUUGUUUUGCUUUGAAUUUAUAUCUUUUUCAUUUGAUUUUUUGUGUUGCUGUGCACUACUACCAUUGCAAAUGGAGUGUAUUGUGGUAACAGAAGUUCCCCCAUGUUUUAUGAAGAAUUGAUGGUUGAUUUUAUAAAGGGAUGAAUACGCAGGAAAGUCCUUGAGCUUGACACCGGGUGUUUGAAGGUACUUUGGGGUAUGUGGGCGAGGGUUAGUGAUAUUUCUUCCUCAUCUGACAGCCUCGCCAUCGCCUCCUCUCGCUUUAAAUCUCGAGCUGAAUGAUCGGGUGUGAGCAGUUGUAGUAAAUAUAGCUCCUCACCUGUAGUGUUCCUCUUCAGAUCACCUCAGAGCGGAGGCAGCUUGACGAUGAAAUCGGUUUUAAUUUAGCCGCAAACCUGGGAAUAGUAAAACGGUAUUUUAUCGACGUUGAAAUACUGUUGAGACUAUAAUUUAAAUCCUCCAGUCUUUCACUCCCAAUGGUCGACUGAAGGCACUUCUAUUUUGAAAAAUGUGUAUAUUUUAUUUUCUUCUUCUUUCCAUGAAGGUCUAUCCAGUGCCAAGUGCAGUUAAUGUUAACUGGAUCUGUUUUAAUGUCUUUCUUUUGUCACUGUUUUCCUUUUGUUGUUCAUAGCAUAACUGCCUAACGCUGAUUUAAAUAAAGAAAAGUGAUUUAUAA